AGGCACAAGUAAGAUGGUUAGAAAAACAAUUCCCUAGUCUAUUUUAAGCACCAGUAGUUAAUGAAAUAAAGUUUAUCCUCAGAGGUUCAUGUUAAAUUGAGAACAAAAGUGAAACACUAUUUAGACACAUAUAUCAAUGGCUGUUAUGGCUAACAAUCGUAGAGGGAUUGUAUUAAAAGCUUUCGGUCGUAGUCGUGUUCGACUUUUCUGCAUCUUUCCUGUUUUACUUAUUGUUUCAAAGAUCUAUUAUGCCGAAUAUCCUAAAGAACAUGCCUUUUACAGUGCAGCAGGAUCGCCAGCUAAAGAUAUUGGAAGGGUCCCUCUGCAAACGGAGGAGGAUUCAUUUCCUGACUGCAUACCUCCAUCCAUCCAGGACUUUCCAGAUGAUUUUUUCACACAAAGUGAGAGACUAAGAGGUGGAAUCGUUAUCCAUUUUUUACUGACAAUUUACUUCUGCGGGAUCUUGGCUAUUAUUUGUGAUGACUAUUUUGUUCCUUCGUUGGAAGUUAUCUGCGAUGCUCUAACAAUUCCAUCUGAUAUUGCUGGUGCAACUUUUAUGGCAAUAGGAAGUUCUGCACCAGAACUGUUUUCAUCGAUCAUUGGUGUGUUCGUAACUGAAGGAGACAUAGGAGUGGGUACGAUCGUAGGAUCGGCAGUCUUUAACGUAUUAGGAGUUUCAACACUAGCAGGACUAGUUGUUUGGAAAACGGACGUGCCUUUGGACUGGUAUCCAAUCUCUCGCGAUUCUUUCAUUUAUGCUUUAACUGUUGUAGCUUUGGUUGGUGUGAUAAAUGACAACGUCGUAUAUUGGUGGGAAGGACUGAUCCUGAUACUAAUGUUUUUUGGGUACAUCGGCAUCAUUUACUUCAACACCACAAUCGAGGGAUUUUGUACAUUGCAGGUAGAAAAAUUAUGUAAGUCUUGGAAGAAAAAUAGGCUUACACAGGCUGAUGAAGAUGUAGUUAAUGAAAAAAGUCCACUGCUGGGAGACUCUGACAAAAUAUCAAAAGUAAAAGGAGACGAAGUAAAGAAGAGGUCUGUGUCAUGGGUAGAUCAAAAUCGUCUCUCAAUCGAAGAAAGUAUUGUCGAAAGAAGAUCUAGACGAGAAAGCCACAUUAUCACAGAAAGUGUGAAUGAGAUGCACGAGGAAACCGAGGAAGACACGUCUGUCUGGUAUAUGCCUGUGACAGGUUCUCUACGACAGAUCUGGUGGGUUCUUAUGUGGCCAGCUUCGUUUUUGCUCUACAUCACCGUUUUGGACUGUCGGAAACAAAAUUUCAGGAAAUAUUAUAUAAUAACAUUCUUAAUGUCCGUUGUGUGGAUUGGAAUAAUAUCAUAUUUAACUGUCUGGAUGGUAACGAUAAUAGGUUAUACUUUUGGAAUUCCAGACACUGUAUCAGGGAUCACAAUAUUAGCAGCUGGAACCAGCAUCCCUGAGGUCAUCUCAAGUAUUAUUGUUAUACGAAAUGGUUUGGGAAAUAUGGCUAUGUGUAACCUGCUCGGGAGUAAUAUUUUUGAUAUUCUUUUUUGUCUUGGUGCUCCUUGGUUGGUCAGAACAUUAUUCCCAUCAAAUGAAGGGUUCCUCAUCAUCAAUAGUUCAGCUCUAACUUACACUACUGCUACUUUAUUAGGGACUGUUGUUAUGUUAUUUGUUAUACUCGUUUUUUGCAAGUGGAACCUCAACUAUAAAGUGGGAUUAACAUGUCUUGUAUUGUAUUCUGGUUUUCUCGUGAUGGCCUGUUUGUACGAACUAAACUUUUUUGGAGAAUUUAACCCUCCACAAUGUGCAGUGGAUCUGUGAGGAACUUUUGUUUUGUAAUUGUUGAUUUCAAAGAGAAGAAUGAGGAUUAUUCUAGACAAAACGUUGACAACGUAGUAAAACAAUAUUUAAGCACAUUUCAUUACUCUCGAUUCGUUGAUUGGAAAUGUCAUUAAGGACUUGUCCGAAAACAAACAAAGAUGAGAUAAAUUAUUGCCAUUUCAUAAUAAUUAGUUGAGAAACAAUUUUUGUUUUAUUAAUGAUAAGGUUUACUACAAAAACAAAAAAGCGAUAAUUUAAGCGAUUUUUUAAUUGAAACUGAACGAAAAAUAAUUUUCCAAAGACGAAAAAGAGUCAAUUCAUUAAGAACCUACAAAAUUGAAAGCUAAAUAUACAUUAUGCUGUAAUUUGUUGGAGAAAAAAAUAGUAUUCUCACAGCAAAAACUGAAAAAUGUUAAUGUCUAGAAGUAGUAUAUAUAACUGUGUAAUAUUUCAUCAUUUUGAGAGAGACCUUACUUUAGUUACAAUUCCGCCCCAAAUUACGUCAUGCAGUUUAAUCACCAGCUAUGCUACACUAUUUUAUUAUAUUCAUAUAUUUUCUUACUGACUGAAGCUUCACAAUAUCGGCUGUUGUUUUAUCUCACUUUUCACUGUACCGUUUAUCGUUGUAUUUUUUUAAAAUCUAAGUUCAAAAGAAAAUUCAGUUGAUGUAUAGAUUCAACAAUCUGCUUUGAUUUUUUUCCUUUAUCUAAACAAAGGUUUUUCUUCAAUUGUGGAUUGUAUAUCAAAUAUCGUAAACAAAUUUGCUUCAACUCCCGACUUUCCCAAUGGUCUUUUGGUCUUAAUUAAAAUAUCGAACUUCUUCAACUGACAUAAUUUUUCCGUUUAGUAACUUUAACUUUGUUAAUUUUAAACAUGUUUCUCAUAAGUCUUACUGAGUAACGAGCUAUAAACCUGAGGAAGAAAGUCUGAUCCAAUAUAGUGUUGUCUAUUUCACUGGCUGACGGAUGAUUUGUAUAUUAUAUUUGGAGAUCAGAACAUAGAAUCCAACCUAAAUUAAAAAGAUUCAGAUCGAAAAUACAGAAAGAUAUAACAUGUGCACAAACUCCUUUUAAAAUAUGGCUAACCAACUUAACUCGUGAUUUCUUAACAAUAGAUUCGAACUCUCCCCCAGCCACGUUACACGCUUUCUCCAAUUCCCUCUUCCUGACCUGUCUUCCUACUUUCUCAUCAACCUAACUAGCAAGUUUCUUAAAAACAUAUUCCACCCAUAUCCCCGCCACAUUACGCACUGUCCACUUAUUUCCCAUCCUGACCUGUCUUCCUUUAAUGCGCUUACAGACUUUUCUAAUUAUAACCAUGCAGAAGAGAAAUAAGUGUAUCCGGAAAUGCCCGGUUUGGUUUGGUUUUGAAUUUCGCGCAAAGCUACACGAGGACUGUCUGCGCUAGCCAUCCUCAAUUUUGUCAGUGAUAGAGUAAAAGAAAGGUAGCUAGUCAACAUCACCCACCGCCAACUAUUGGGCUACUCUUUUACCAACCAAUAGUGGGAUUAAUCAUCAUUUUAUAACACCCCCAUAGCAGAAAGGGUGAGCAUAUUCGGUGAUGGAGAUUCGAACACAUGACCCUCAGAUUGCGAGUCGAGCUCCCUAACCAUAGGCCAUGCUAGGCUUUAUAAACCAAAAUGAUUUUCGCCUUAAUGGCCCUUUUUAUUUUUAUUCGUUGUCCUCCAACUUGAUUCCAAUACAUUUCGCAACGCUAGUAAGUCUGUAUUUCACACAGAAAACGUCAACCUUGCAUCAAUAGUUUAGAUAUAAAAAUUAUAAAUCUGGAAGUUAUUUUCCCCGGGACACAAAAAGAAUGAACAAAACAUCGUCCUUCGCUAGGUCACACACGAUUUGCAAUGUACGAGAUAUUCCCAAGUUGUUAUUAUAUUUUGUUAAAGUCCAUUUAACAUCUGUAGUUUUUUCACAUUGUAAACGUUACCAAAAAAAUCAGCACGUGAAAAAUGCUUUAUCAACAUCCCAAAACAGUGCUGAGAUCUAUAAAAUCGAUGUUCCAGGAUCUGUGCUUCAUGAUGACAGACCCAUAAUUGCCAGACACCACAAUUUCCAUUAUAACAAACUUUUGUGAGGAGCGAUAAGGUCAGAUUUAAACUACAAAUCUCGAAAAUUUAGUCAAACGAUUAAUUAACGUUCGGAUCAAUUAGCGUUAUGGUAUUUCCAUCAGAUAUAACAUGUGGCAUUACUGUCUCCGACUGCUAACUACCAGUUGGAAGAAGGUACAAGAAUAUA